AUGACCCUCCUCCUCCUCCUCGUCCUUCUCGCGGCCGCGUCCUCCCCCGCUGAAGCAUCCACGCUCGCCGUCGCCGCCGGCUCCACCGUCUGCGCCGUCGCCGCGGGGAACUCUACCGUGUACUGCUCGUCCCCCGCGGGCAACUCCUCGCGCGCGACAGCUGUCGCGCCGUUCGUCGGGUUCUCGCAGGUCUCGGGCGGGGCGGUCGUGUGCGGGCUGCAGCUCGCCGGCCGCGCGCUCUUCUGCUGGCCGGCCGCCGCGCCUGACCAGCUCAGGCGGGUGUACAACGGCCCCGGUCCGCUGUCCCAGCUCGCCGUCGGGGCCGGCCACGUCGCGGCGUACGACGAUGGGGCGCGGGUCAUACGGUGGUGGCGUGGCGGGGUCAGGUUCCCCGUGCAGGUCGCGGGAGGAUUCGGGUCGCUUGUCUCCGGCGACGAUUUUACUUGCGCGGUGGAGAUCAACUCCUCCGGGGCGGUGCGCUGCUGGGGCCCGCGGGGUGCCGCCGUCGAGGCGGACUUCCGCAACGCCUCCGUCUCCACCCUCGCCGCGGGCGACUCCCGCGCCUGCGGGGUGCUGAAAACGAGCGGCGGCGGCGUGCUCUGCUCCGGCUCCGGCGGCGGCGUCGGCGGGGUGGCGCCGCGGGACAUCUACGUCGAUGGUCUGGCCGUCGGUGACUCCCACGUGUGUGGGCUCCUCCGGCCCAACCACACCGCCGCUUGCUGGAGCCUCGGGGGCGCCACCACCACGCUCUACUACCCCGCGGUCGGGACGGCGUUCGAGUUCCUCGUCGCCGGCGGUAACCUCACCUGCGGCCUCGUGUCCACCAACUUCAGCCUGCUCUGCUGGUCGAACGAUGCGCCAGUGGCGGCGGAGGUGAAUCUGCCGCUGAUUCUCCCCGGCGUCUGCGUCUCUGACAACAGUUCCUGCAAAUGCGGCGUCCUCCCGGACUCCGGGAGCUUCUGCACGGUCUCCGGCGGCUUCAUCUGCAAAAGGUUCUGUGACACAUCGCCCCCGCCGCCUGCUUCUAAUCCUCCGCCAUCGUCUCCUUCACCGCCGGCGGCUUCGAGUUCGAAACGUGGCGUGUCCAAAGGCUGGAUCGCGUUCGCCGUCGUCGGUGCAGUGGGCUCCUUCGCGGGGCUCUGCUCCAUCGUGUAUUGCCUCCUCUUCGGCUUCUGCAGCCACAAGAAGGUGCACAACUCCGUCCAGCCCAACAUCGCCGGCAACAACAACGGCGGCGGCGCCGCCGCCGCCGCUGGCGCUGUCGGCAGCGGCGCUCCGAGCCCCUACGGCUCACCGAACGGGUCGCUCGGUCGAUUGCGGCGGCAGCUGUCGCGCGUCAUGACGCGGCAGCGGAGCGGGCCGUCGUCGUUCAAGGACCCCGCCGAGGAGUUCACGUUCGCGCAGCUCGCGGCGGCGACCAAGGACUUCGCGCUGGAGAACAAGAUCGGCGAGGGGAGCUUCGGCACGGUGUACCGCGGCAAGCUCCCCGACGGGCGCGAGGUGGCCAUCAAGCGCGGCGAGUCGGGGCCGCGCGCCCGCAAGUUCCAGGAGAAGGAGACGGCGUUCCGGUCGGAGCUGGCCUUCCUCUCCCGCCUCCACCACAAGCACCUCGUCGGCUUCGUCGGCUACUGCGAGGAGAGCGACGAGCGGCUGCUCGUCUACGAGUACAUGAAGAACGGCGCGCUCUACGACCACCUCCACCCCAGGCCAAGCUCCGGCGCGUCGUCCCCGUCGCCGGUGGCCUCGUCGUGGAAGCUCCGCAUCAAGAUCCUGCUCGACGCGUCCCGCGGCAUCGACUACCUGCACUCGUACGCCGUGCCGCCGAUCAUCCACCGCGACAUCAAGUCGUCGAACAUCUUGCUCGACGGCAACUGGGUGGCGCGCGUGUCGGACUUCGGGCUGUCGCUGAUGGGGCCGGAGACGGAGGAGGUGCAGCACCUGUCGAUGAAGGCCGCCGGCACGGUGGGGUACAUGGACCCGGAGUACUACGGCCUCCACCACCUCACCGUCAAGAGCGACGUCUACGGCUUCGGCGUCGUCAUGCUCGAGGUGCUCACCGGGAAGCGCGCCAUCUUCAAGGAGGCCGAGGGCGGGAGCCCCGUCAGCGUGGUGGACUACGCCGUGCCCAGCAUCGUCGCCGGCGAGCUCAACAAGGUGCUCGACGGGCGCGCGCCGGCGCCGACGUCGCACGAGGCCGAGGCCGUUGAGCUGGUCGCCUACACGGCGGUGCACUGCGUGCGGCUGGAGGGGAAGGACCGGCCGGCGAUGGCGGACAUCGUGGCCAACCUCGAGACGGCGGUGGCGCUCUGCGAGGACAGCGCCGGCGGCGGCGGCGCCGCCACCGGGCUCGGCAACAGCUCGUCCAGCGCCAGCCUCUCGAUCACGUCCAUGGAAUUGAGUAGGAUGGAUUGAUUGAUUGAUUGAUUAGCUUCCCUAAUUCAAAUUCAGAGUUUCAAAUUGUGAUUAGCCCGGGAAGGAAGAUAAGAGGGAAGGCCGUUUAAAAUUUGUUAUUUUAGUUGAUUUUUUUGGGGGAGAACAUGAAUUGUGUGAUUUUCACACAUUUUGUUCAUGGUGGCUGUACAUGAUUUGUAUUGAACUGAUUUCUCUUUCAUAGACGAGAAAAAGAUCUCAUUUUUU